UGCUUGCAUUGAAAACACGUUGAAGUGCAGUGAGAGUUGGCAGGCUUCGUCUUCGGGUCGCGUCUUUUAGCCCAUAUGCUGUCAAUGUUUACAAUCAUCAAGAUCCCUUAGAAAAAGCUGAGUUUUCUGAUGCGAGAUGCCACAGUUAAACAGCACGGCUGUCCUGGAGAGCAGUGCGCUUGUGGCACCUGUGACAGCGCUGGAGUUCCUUGGAGAUGACUACCUGUUGACAGGUGAAGGACCAGUCCUAUCUAUCUUUUCUCUCCGUGCCUCGCCCAAACAGUGCAUGUCACUUAAUGUUCUCCAUAAUUACCGCAUCCAUGGCAUACGGCCCAAGGGGCAAAAUAAAAGUGAUGGAAAUGUUCCUGAGACACCAACUCGGGAUGACGAUGUGAAGUUGGUCGUUUUUGGCGGAAAAUGUUUGCGCCUUAUCAACGUCAGGACAUGUGGCUCUGGUUUGGAGGUGGCAGGCCCUCUCAUGGAGCUCCAAGACUGGGUGUUGGAUGUUUGUUGGUUGAAGCCGGGAGAGGCCAACCCAUUACUGGGCGUAACUCUAGCUCAUAAUGCAGCAUUGCUUCUCGAGCCGCAAUCUGGCAAGGCCCUGACCCGCAGUUCCUGUGUAGAGGUGUGCCUUCUUUACUCUGCGCUUCUGAUUGGACCAAGCUGGGAAACCUCAGUGCUAGUGGGGGGAACUGUUUUCAAUCAGCUGGUGCUAUGGAGGCCUGGAGGAGCCGGAGCGAACAGCCAGGCUCAGGUCGAGAGGCGUCUGCUGGGCCAUAAAGGUGUGAUCUUCAGCCUGUGCUACCUUCAGAGCUCUGGAUGGCUAGCUUCAGCCUCAGACGACCGCAGUGUUCGUGUGUGGCAUGUUGGCAGGGUGGGUGGAGAUGGAGGGUGUGGAGAAGAAUCGCCUACAUGCUUGAGGGUGCUUUAUGGUCACCAGGCCCGGGUGUUCUGUGUAAGGCUCUCACCUGGUCAGGUGUACAGCGCCGGGGAGGAUGGGGCUUGCCUUUUGUGGGAAUGGGAAGGGGAUGGCAGAGUUGGGCGAAUGUUAAAAGGUCACAGGUCAGGUGGCAUCAGGGCAUUGGCUGUCAGUAAAGGCAGCGUGGGUGAAGGAAGUAGAUGGGUGGCUACUGGAGGUGCUGAUGGAGGGGUACGGCUGUGGAAUGUAAUAGACCAGAGUAGUGAAACAACAGCACUUGAGAACCAAAAGGAUUUGGGGUUUCGCGGGCGAGGUUCUCCCAAGGUGGUACGCUCAGUAGGAGGUCAUGAUUCUGUUCUUGUCUGCACAGAUCAAGGCGAAGUGUUUUUGCAUCAAGAUGGAUUGUGGGAGGCAAUUUGGAAUGGUGGUCCGGAAUUCCGGUCCUAUUGCAUAAUGGAAGUAGCAUACAUCCAAUUGCAAAAUUCCUCUACUGAUAAAGGUUUGUGGGUGUGUGCUCUGGGCAAUCUUAACGGAGGUGUCCAGGUGUUUCCUCUAAACCAUUCUGGUGCAGGUUUGUUCUUGCAAGCAGGUGAGGGGAAGAUCCACUCUUUACAGUGGGUGGAAGGGUGUGGUGUCUGGGGUUUUAGUUGGUGCCUCUUGGUUUCUGGCUCAGAAGGGCUUGUCUAUAGAUGGAUGGUACAGGUGGAAGAGGAUGAAACGGGACCAGUUUUGAUGAUGGAGAAGAUGAAACCAUUUAUGCUGCCACCUUGUGCUAAACGAUGGUUGACUGCUGCAGUUGUGAUGCCAAGUGGAAAGGAUGCAUCAUGGGUGUGUGGAGAUCGCCGGGGCUCACUGUUGCUCUACAGAGAGAUGGUGAAAGGUAUUCAGGUUGAGGAGAAAAUAGAUGAAGAAAGAGCUGAUGGGAACAUAAGGCUGGAGAACAAUAUGAAUGACGUAAGUAUUCCCAUCUCCCCAAUCAGCACACUGUUUGGCAUCCAUGGAAAGCGAGGUGUUACAAGUGUGUCUGAGCAUCAGGGUGUUUUUUACAGCACUGGCCGGGAUGGGUGUGUGCGUGUUCUGACUGUAAAGGGGGACUCUUUAAAUGUGCGCCGCAUCCAGCGAGCUUGCAAAGGGAUGGAGUGGCUGGAAAAGGUUCUGUUUCUUGAUUCUGAUGGACUACACCAUGAAAAGCAUAAAACUAACGAUGAAGAAAGUGAGAAACAGGAGGAGAGAUUAGCAGAAAGCAUGCCGGAGGAUGGACAAGUUGAAAGAGAAGAAAGUGAUGGAGGUAAAGAUACAUUGACUGAAGAAGCCAAAGUAAAGGAGAAGUGGCCAGAGAGUAAGCAAAAUGGGGAUACUGCAAGAGAAAGUGUCUCGGAGGCCUCUUUUAUUAUGGUUGGCUUCCAUUCCAUCCAGUUUGUUUUAUGGGAUCCACUGAGACGAGAAAAGCUUUUUUCAGCAGCUUGUGGAGGAGGCCACAGGUCAUGGGCUUAUAUCUGCCCUUCCAAUGUUCAAACACACCUGUCAAACCAUACAGUUGGACAAGGUACCCUGAUCUUCAUCAAGCAAGGGGCUGUCAUGGCAUCACAUUCUUUAACUUCUUCAGCAACUGAAGUUAGAGGCCAUAUCCUGAGAGAGGGGCUCCACGGCCGAGGUUUGAGCUGUGUGCACCACCUCGGAAGCGUUUCCAAGCCUGGAGUUUCUUCUGAAGCUUGGGAGGUGCUUAUUAUAGGUGGUGAAGACACCACAGUGACUGUGCUUGCAAUCAAACCUGAGCAGGACAUAGUGAAAGUUCUUGCCGUUAUAGCUGACCACAUCUCCAAUGUUCGGACCCUGGCUGCAGUCCCAGGAGGAGCGACGGAAGACCAAAAAAGCGACAGGUGGACAGACCCAUCUUCCUCUUUCUCCACACUGGUGUUCUCUGCUGGGGGCCGAGCUCAACUGCAGUGCUGCCACCUCCUGAUUGGCUGGGAGGAGCAGUUCAACUGGCCUGGCUGUCAGGUGACUCAGAUCGCUGGUCACCGAUUGGACGAGCAGUGGGAGAGGAGACGGAAUCGGCAUAAGACAGUGAAAAUGGACCCUGAGACAAGAUACAUGUCAAUGGCAGUGUUGCAUGAUGGCACAGACGUGGUCUUCUUGGCACUCGCCUGCAGUGAUGGUGCAGUAAGGCUUUUCACUUUGGCAAAGGACAGUAAAAAGAUUGAGUUGCUGUGGGAGACUUUUUACCAUCAGCGAUGUGUGCUCAGUGUCGCCUCCUAUAGCUUGGAGGACCUACAUGGCAAACAGCAUGUGUUGUUGUUCAGUGGGGCUACAGAUGGUGCUGUAGCUCUGUGGGAUCUGACUACAGUGUUGGACAGUAAAUCCAAGGACAGCUGGGACGGUCCAUCUACUCCUUGCUUCUCUGUCCUCUUCCAUCAGAGUGGAGUCAACACCCUCGUAAUAUCAGAACAUCAUGAGGACAUUAUCAUUUUGGCUAGUGGUGGAGAUGAUGGACAGUUAUCGGUGAUGAAGAUCAGAGUAGAGUUCAGUCAACCAGAGACAGGAAGUGUAUGUCCACAGGUGCUUUCCCAUUGGUCAGUUCCAUUAGCACACUCUGCCCCUCUGACUGCUCUGAGUGCUCUAAGUUCAACACAGCUGGUGUCCACCUCCCCAGACCAGCGUGUUUGUGUGUGGCGUUUGUGUGAUGAUGGACUUCACCACCAGGGAGCGAUGUUCUCACACACCGCAGAUGCUUCAGGUGUGUGGGCGUGGCGCAGAGAGGGGCCAGAAUCAGAGAGCGGGGCCUAUGUUGUGGUUUGUGGGCAGGGCUUGCAACUCUUGAAGUUAACAGAAAGAGAAAAGGAACAUGGAAAAGAAACAAGAGCAAGACAAAAAGAAGAAGAAAGACUGAAGGUGGUGUUUUCCGAUUGUUUUGUCCGAGUAUGAUCUGACAGAAUGUUUAAUUAUUUAUUACUUUAUACAUAGCAUGAUGGGAUAUGAUGAGCUUUUCAUAUAAAGUGUUAAGAUUCAAAAUAAGUUUUCAUUGGUCUUUUAAAUUGAUCUCAUUACGUGCAUUACAUCAUAUAAAUGUUUCUUGGUAAAGGAACCAGCAGACACAUUUGACAUAAAAACUUGUUACAUUAGAGUUAAAUGGGGGCUUUAGCCAGAAUUUAAACAUUGCUACAUCUGUUGUAAACAUGCCAACUUGCCUCCUCGUGUGGUGUCACAGGAGUCCCAAGAGGGGAAAGCUUUUCCAGUUUAGAGACAUAUUUUAAAAAAAUUUUAUGAGCACCUUGGAGCGUGCACAUUAAAGGCUGUUUUGAAUUUUACAUUUUUAACUUGGCUAUCGCAGAAGGAGGCCGUUUCUCAAAACGAAUAUUUCUGCAACUAGCUGUGUUACAGCAUCUUAACUCUUGUUAAAUAGCUGCUUUGCUGCAGUUCAGUCUUUCUUAGCCUGCUUUUAGUGUGGCCUGUGUAUUUGGAUUUCUCCGCUUUUCAUGACCAUUAUUUUCCAUAGUGUCCAGAUUCAUUUGAGAUCCAAAGGAUGAACAUUUAUUACAGAAGGGGAGACCAAAAUGCACUGAUAGAUUUGAGCUUUUAGGGCAGGAUGAGUGGGUCAUUAGCUGGCCUACUUAAACAUUCAUAUUCAAAGGCUUAACAGACAGAAUCAAAUAGGUAAAAAAUCAAAUAUAUGCAACUCUAUUUCCAAAAAAGUUGGGAUGUUAUGCAGAAUGAAAAUAAAAACAGGAUGCAAUGAUGUGCAAUUAUGUGAACCAUAUUUUUUAAAGGAAAAUACUACAAGGACAACAUUUCUGUUUCAACAUUUGAUAUGUUAUUGUUUUUUUGAAAAAUCUAUGACCAUUUUGAGUUUGAUGCCAACAACAUGUUCCAAAAAAGGUUGGGACAGGGGGAUGUUUUACUACAGUGUUUCAUCGCCUCUUCUUUUAACAGCUCUGUAAGCAUUUGGGACCUGAGGAGAUCAACUGUGGUAGAUUUAAAAGUGAAACUUUUCCAAUUCUUGCUUGUUAUAGGAUUUCAGCUGCUCAACAGUUCAGGGUCUCCUUUGUCAUGUUUUUCAUUUCAUAAUGCACCAAAUGUUUUCAGUGGGUGACAGGCAGGUCAGUUUAGCACCCAGACACUUUUAAUAAGGAGCAAUGCUGUUGUGAUAAAUGCAGAAUGUGGUUUGACAUUGCCUUGCUGAAAUAAUCAAGACCUUCCCUGAAAAAGACAUCAUCUGGAUGGCAGCAUAUGUUGCCAAAACUGAUCACACAUGUUCACAAAAUUUCUAAAUGUUCAUGUUCACUAAAGUUGCUAAAUUUCCUUCAUGAUCAAUAAAGUAUCUAUCUCUCUAUCUAUCUAUCCAUCCAUCCAUCGCACCCCUAUACCAUCAUGAAUACUCGCUUUUGAACUGCACUGAUAACACGCUCAGUGAUCUUUAGCCUGGAGGACACAGUGAUUUCCAAAAAAAGAAUUUCAGUUGUUGAUUUGUCGUACCGCAGUUCCACUUCCCCUCAGUCCAUUUUAAAUUAACUUGUUGUUUGCAUCAAAUUUACAAUGGGCAUACAUUUUUCAAAAAACAAUGCAAUUUCUCAGUUUCAACAUUUGAUAUGUUGUCCUUGUACUAUUUUCAAUGAUUUGCACAUCAUUGCAUUUUGGAAAUGGGGUUAUAAUAUAUAAUAAUAUAAAGAAUAUAAAUAAAGAACUACAUAGAUAAAUAGAUGAAAUACAUAGAUGUAGAAAAAAUUAUUUAUCGUAGCGUCCCACUACUGGCCGCAGUGGAGAGGGGUGGCUCAUGGUAGAUGCACGCUCCCCAAAAAGAGGGACAUUAAUGUUGGUAAUGUCGCUGUGUCAGGAGCUGUGGGUGCUUUAUGUUAGGGAUUGGUCACCACAGGGUGGUAGGCUACAGCUGGUGCUGACCUUCCCUGUGAGUUCAGAGCUUUGAAUGUGCCUUUUAUGCUGGUACUAAGGGAAAAAAUUACUUCUCACAGCAGAAUCAUGGCCUCCUCUGUGGCCCUCUCUUACUCUGCGCCAACGAUGUGAUGUAUCAAAAAUAAAAGCUAAUUUAAUUA